AUGGCACAGAGUGACUCUGUCUACAAUGAUGAAUAUGAUAGAAGAGACAGAAGUGGUGGAGGAGAAGAUAUGACCACAAAGAAAGAGCUGAAAGCACUUCAAGACAAGAUUGACAUGCUACUAUCAGAAAAAACCAAGAAAGAGGAGUUACAUAUGGUUGCCGAAGUUGAUGGAGUAGAAUGCCAAGAAGAUAUGUACUAUGUCAAUGCUCAGGGUGGUUACCAACCAAAACAGAACUUCCCUCCUGGAUUCUCACCAAAACCAAGUCAACCGGCACAAGACCAAGCUGGAUCAUCAAUACAACCUCCACAAGAGAGUAGUACUGAAGCUAUGCUGAAACAAUUAUUGGAGGGACAAGCAAGAAGUGAGAAACAAUUAGGGUGUGAGCUGAAAAAUCUCCACAACAAGAUUGAUGGAAAUUACCAUGAUCUAAACAACAAGUUUGACAAGCCAAAGCUUCCCUUUCCUGGAAGAUUCAAGAAGCAACUCCUAGAGAAGUACAAAGCCUUGUUUGACAAGCAAAUGAGUGAAGUUCAGCUCACCAUGCCCAUAAUUGAUGCAUUUAUGCUGGUUCCACAAUACAGCAAGUUUUUGAAAGAUGCUGUAGAACAAAAGAAGAAAGAGAUGGAAGGGAUGGUGAUUCUUACUCAUGAGUGCAGUGCCAUUAUUCAGAGACUGACUGUCCCAAGGAAGCUAGAAGACCCUGGUAGUUUCACCCUGCCAUGCGCCAUUGGACCUUUGACAUUUGAGAGAUGUCUAUGUGAUUUGGGAGCAAGUGUCAGCCUCAUGCCACUAUCCAUUGCCAAGAAGCUUGGGUUUACACAAUAUAAAAAGUGCAAGAUCUCUUUGGUGCUAGCUGAUCGAUCUGUCAAGCUCCCCAUUGGCAUCCUAGAAGAUCUUCCUGUCAAGAUAGGAAAUUGUGAAGUGCCUACUGACUUUGUAGUGCUUGAGAUGGAUGAAGAGCCUAGAGAUCCUUUGAUCUUUGGAAGACCUUUCUUGGCAACUGCUGGAGCAAUGGUGAAUGUGAGAGAUGGCACAACUGAUCUCCACCUUGGAAAAGGUCACAUUCUCCAUUUUGAUAUCAAUGAGAUGAUGAAGAAGCCCACAACUCAAGGAGAAAUAUUCUACAUUGAUGAGAUGGAUGCCUUGGCUGAUGAUUUCCUUGAGAAGUUAGCGAUUGAGGACUCUCUUCAACAUGCCCUGACCAUUGAAAGAGAGACCCAAAUGAUUGAAAACAAGGAGAGUGAUGAGCUAGUAAGAAGGCUAAAUGUUCACCUUGAGGACGAUGGAGAAGAUGAGUUCAUGGAGUUGCCACAAAAGACUCAACAUGCUGCCUCAGCAGACAUUCAAGAGAACCUCCAUGAAGCUGAUUGGAGUGAGCUCAAGGCACCAAAAGUGGAGCUUAAACCUCUUCCCCAUGGUGUAAGGUAUGCUUUCCUUGGACCUAAUGAGACAUAUCCUGUCAUUGUGAGUAGUGAGCUGACUGAGAAUGAAUUGUCUAUGCUUUUAAAUGAACUUAAAAAGUAUAGAAAAGCACUAGGAUACUCACUUGAUGACAUUAAAGGAAUCUCACCAUAUUUGUGCAUGCAUAGGAUACAUCUAGAGGAUGAAUCUAAAACUUCAAUUGAACACCAAAGAAGAUUAAAUCCUAAUUUGAAAGGUGUUGUUAAAAAAGAGAUAAUCAAAUUAUUAGAUGCUGGUGUGAUCUAUCCUAUCUCUGAUAGCAAUUGGGUUUCACCUGUGCAUGUAGUUCCUAAAAAAGGUGGCAUAACAGUUGUUAAGAACGAAAAUAAUGAGUCAAUACCAACAAGAACAAUAACUGGACAUAGGAUGUGCAUUGACUAUCGAAAACUGAAUGCAGCCUCUAGAAAGGAUCAUUUCCCUUUACCAUUCAUUGAUCAGAUGUUAGAGAGGCUAGCUAACCAUCCUUAUUAUUGUUUCCUUGAUGGAUACUCUGGAUUUUUCCAAAUCCCUAUACACCCAAAUGACCAAGAGAAAACGACAUUCACUUGUCCUUAUGGUACCUUUGCAUAUCGAAGGAUGCCAUUUGGACUGUGCAAUGCACCAGCAACAUUCCAAAGAGCAAUGAUGUCAAUUUUCUCUGAUCUUAUUGAGGAUGUAAUGGAGGUGUUUAUGGAUGAUUUUUCUGUAUACGGUUCUUCGUUUGCUACUUGUUUGUCAAAUCUUUGCAUGGUAUUACAGAGAUGUGAGGACACUAACCUGGUGCUCAAUUGGGAGAAGUGUCACUUCAUGGUCAAGGAAGGGAUUGUUCUUGGACACAAAGUUUCUGAGAAAGGAAUUGAAGUGGACAAAGCCAAGAUAGAUUUCAUGGUUGGUCUAGCUCCACCAAGAACAGUGAAGGAUAUAAGAAGCUUUCUGGGUCAUGCCGGUUUCUAUAGAAGAUUCAUCAUGGAUUUCUCUAAGAUAGCUAGACCAUUGACCAGGCUGUUAUGCAAAGAAGCUGCAUUUCACUUCGAUGAGGAGUGUAUGGAAGCUUUCAAAAACCUGAAGAAUGCACUCAUCAGUGCACCCAUAGUUCAACCGCCAGAUUGGGAUCUCCCCUUUGAGAUCAUGUGUGAUGCAAGUGACUUUGCUGUAGGAGCAGUCCUAGGCCAGAAGAGAGACAAGAAGUCACAUGUGAUCUACUAUGCAAGUAGAACCCUUGAUGAAGCUCAAGCUAAAUACUCUACAACUGAGAAGGAGCUAUUGGCCAUUGUCUUUGCAUUUGAGAAGUUCAGAAGCUACUUGGUUGGGUCAAAGGUGACUGUCUACACUGAUCAUGCUGCAUUGAGACACCUCUUAGCCAAGAAAGAUGCAAAACCAAGACUGUUGAGGUGGAUUCUGCUGCUACAAGAGUUUGAUCUUGAGAUCAAGGACAGGCCUGGAGUUGAGAAUGGAGUAGCUGAUCACCUGUCCAGGUUGAAGGUGGAGUGUGGAAUCCCUAUUGAUGACAGACUUCCAGAAGAGCAAAUGAUGGCUAUUCAUGCAGUGGUAGCUGUUUGUGAGACAGGAAAGAAACUUGAAGAGGUGAAGGCAGCUGAUGAGAAGGGUCCUUGGUAUGCUGAUAUAGUCAACUACUUAGCUAGUGGAAAAGAGCCAUUGAACUUGAAGGUUAUGCCAAGAAGAAGUUCUAUAAGGAUGUGAAGAGAUAUUAUUGGGAUGAGCCUUACCUUUACAUACUUUGUAGAGAUCAACUCUAUAGAAGGGCAGUGGCUGAAGAAGAAAUUGAUGGGAUCCUUACACAUUGUCAUGGAUCAUCCUAUGGAGGCCAUUUUGCUACAUUUAAGACAGUUGCAAAGGUGCUACAAGCUGGAUUUUGGUGGCCUCACAUGUUUAAAGACACCUAAGACUUUGUCUCAAGGUGUGACUCUUGUCAAAGAAGAGGAAACAUCACAAAGAGGAAUGAAAUGCCUCAAAACCCCAUCCUAGAAGUUGAAGUGUUUGAUGUCUGUGGUAUUGACUUCAUGGGGCCUUUUCCUUCAUCUUAUAGCAACAAGUACAUACUGGUGGCUGUAGAUUAUGUCUCUAAGUGGGUUGAAGCAAUUGCAAGUCCAACCAAUGAUGCAAAGGUGGUUCUAAAAAUGUUCAAGAGCAUAAUCUUUCCAAGGUUUGGGAUUCCAAGAGUUGUGAUCAGUGAUGGAGGGUCUCACUUCAUCAACAAACUGUUUGCAAACCUCCUUAAGAAGAAUGGUGUGAAGCACAAGGUUGCAACUCCUUACCACCCCCAAACAAGUGGUCAAGUUGAGAUUUCCAACAGGGAGAUCAAGUCCAUUCUGGAGAAGAUUGUGGGGGUUACAAGGAAAGAUUGGUCCAUCAAGCUUGAUGAUGCAUUGUGGGCUUAUAGGACAGCUUACAAGACACCUUUGGGAACUACACCUUUCAACCUUCUCUAUGGAAAGUCUUGCCAUCUACCAGUUGAGCUUGAGUACAAGGCACUAUGGGCAGUCAAGUUGCUGAACUUUGACAUCAAGAGUGCCAAGGAGAAGAGAUUGAUCCAGCUGAAUGAACUUGAUGA